AUGGGGGACGCCUCGGCGGAGGAGAGAUGGCGGGACCUCGACAAGCUCCUCGCCAGGCCUGGCAAUAUCGUCAGCCCCAUCUUCGAGCCCAGCCCUCAGGUAAAACCUCCCACCCCUCCUCCUCCACUGUCUUGUUUUUUUUUUGGUGGUUUUGGGGGGUGGAUUUGCUCUUAGUGUAGCGAGUAGAUCGUUCCUGUUUCUUUGGUCUCUUCUGCCGUCGCACGGUCUGAAAUUCUUGUGACUCCAGUUGAGGGAUGAGCUGGGGGAGUACGUCAGGGUGUUGGUUGUGGGCGCGGGCGGGCUGGGCUGCGAGCUUCUCAAGGAUCUCGCUCUCUCCGGUUUCAAGAACCUCGAAGUCAUCGACAUGGACACCAUCGAGGUCUCCAACCUCAACCGCCAAUUCCUUUUCAGGUCCCAAUCUUUACAAUGGCAUCCUUUACUUACUCACUAUCUAUCUAUUUAUCUAUCUAUCCGUACGACUGCAUCGCAACGCAUAUUUUACUCCCGAUUCCAACAUCAGGUCUUGAAACCCAGAAUUUGUUAGGCGAUUGAGAACUUCACACCAGUAAUCCGGUUAGCGUGAAAAUCACUUCUCAGCAUUUUCUGUAUUGUAUUCAGGGUGAUAAAAGCUUAAACGUUCCGUUCUAGAGCAUUUUUCCCUCUGUGGAAUCUGCAACUACCGAGUUUGGCUGCAUUUGUUCUGAAUGUUGCUAACAUGGGGUUUGACCGCUACAAAAUAUCUAGAAGAAGGGACCUGGACCCUUUGAAUAAAUCUAUGCAUUUUCAAUGAACUCACUCAAUAUACUAAGUUUCAAGGUUGAAACUUUUAAUUGGAGUUCUAUUUCUUAUUAGUUCCAUGAUGGUCAGUACGUUUGAAAGUAUUCUAAAAUGAAUCCCUCAUCUGUUGAUCACCAAACCUUUAUAACUAGCCUAUCCUUCUUAACAUGUAAUUCCUUGUAUGGUCACGGGAAGCUUCUGACGUUCAUCAGUUUGUUCUUGGUAUGGACAAUAUGAUAGCUGCCACUUGAAGACUGGGAAUAGAGUCAGUUGGCACUUCUGGGUAUACAUGAUCAAAUUUUAUAAUUUUUUUAGCACGUCCCAGUCUAUGUGAAAUGAGGUGGUCAUCCUUUGAGGAGCUCCUCCCAGAAAGAGAUAAGCAGUGGACUUCCCUUGGUGGGAAUGCUUCAGGGAUAGUUUUGUGUGUUAGAGUAGAACCAUAUUCAUAGGGCUUAAUAAUUCUCUUGCAAAAAUAUCUCCAAAGGAAAUAAAAAAAAUAUUGAUAAUAAAAACCUACGGUUAAGACUUUUUAUGUGAGUGAAUGUUUCGGAGAUUUUGUUCAUAGAGGUUAUAAUAUUUCAUGGUUUGGGUUGAACUUAGGACAUUCACAUUCAUUAUGUAAGUUCAUUAUGUGAACUUGUGAUUAUUCUUUUGUGUCUGGUGGAUUUUUUAUUUGGCUUUAUCUGGUUAUAUUUGAACACAUUUCGACUUUCAUCACCUUCUAUUUAGGCAGUCUGGUAAUAACCACUUUGUAAAAGUAUAUAUAUGGCGCAAUAGCCUGUUUUGUGCUGUCAUUAUAGGCUAAUUGAGGCUACACUCUUUGAAUUCAUGGAUAAAAUCAUCCACAAUUUUAAGUUGCUUCUAAAACGUUGUUCUUUCUAUCGGACUAUUUACUUCACACUACAUUUAGUCUAUAGAAAAUAUGAAAUUAUCCCUUUUAAUUUGGGCUAGAUUUUUUGUCUUAUUUAUGUGUUGAUUCAAGAACAGUUCAUGCUGGAUGAUGAUGUUAUGAUUCAACAUUAUUCGCUUUAAAUUCGCUAUGUUGAUAUUUCUUUCAAUGAAAUGAUUGAUCUUUAACUUUAGGAUCCAUGAUGUGGGAAAAUCUAAAGCUGAGGUUGCCGCAAGACGUGUUAUGGAGAGAGUUAGUGGGGUAAAUAUAGUACCACACUUCUGCAGAAUCGAAGAUAAAGACAUUGAAUUUUACAGAGAUUUCAAUAUUAUUGCCCUUGGUCUUGAUUCCAUUGAGGCUCGAAGCUACAUCAACUCUGUUGCCUGUAGUUUUCUUGGUGAUUAUCUUUUUCUUUUUUCUCUCUUGAAUAACGUUUGGAUAACGUCAUUUUCAUUUCAUAAGCUGUUUAUUUUUUUCAUUCAGAUUUUUAUCCUUAUCUAUUAAAGUUUUGCUGUCUUGGUUAUUUUACUGAUGCCUCAUCUUAGGCGUAACUUUUUAUGGCAUAAGACUUUGCAGGGGACAUACCAAAACACAGACAAGCGAGAAAUACAUACAUGGGCAUCAGCCAAUAAAAAACAAUCGAAUGAUGAGUAUUAUUUCAUAAUCAAUUAUUAGAGCACUUCAGGGAGAUGUACCUACCCAUGUAAAAUAAGAUGCCAUUUUAUUUUGUAUUUUCCUGUCGAAAAGUGCCCACAAACUUUGUUCAAGGAAGCUGGUUUUAUCCAAUACAUCAGAUGAAUAAGGGUAUAACGACUUUUGACUGAAAAUUCUGUUCCAAGGGCAUCUUUGGGGACCCGAAAUUAUUUUUUUUCUGAUCUCGUAAUUUUAUUUUUUCAAAGUGGAUACUCUUGUCCUUGCACUAGAUAACCCUUUUUUUCUUAAAGGAUUAAAACACACGAGAAGGCAUAAAUAAAAGAUAGGAGAAGUCGGGCUUCUCCUACUUUUGUUAAAGCAGCCCUAAGACUGUGAGACCAAGAUAAUAGGGUAGCAAAGCUCAGUGGUUUGGCAGGAGGCGCAUGCCCCAGAAAUAAUAUGCAGAAAGAGAUAGCACGAGUAAAACAUAGAAUGGAAAGGAAACAAACCGACAAUCAACAUUCUAUGAUAUCUCAAAUACAUCACAAUUUAUGCUACCAUGGCAGUUUUCAGGGGUUACUAGCUUUUACAAAGGCAUAAUAAGAGUUCCAUAGAAGUCAAAAACUAGGGUAAAAUCUGUGACGACAUAAGUAACAGCUGCAUAUUGAAUUUCUUGGAUCUAAAUGACAUUAGGAUAACCUAUUGUGCACUGCUCCUUAGAGUCAAUUAUUUUAUAUGGCUCCAAGUAGUGACUAGGUCUCAUUGAUCUUUUCUCCUCUGAAGCAUGUCUGAUCUAUUUUUCAAAUUUUAGAAUAUGACGACGAUGACAAUCCAUGUGAGGAAACCAUCAAACCUUUGGUAGAUGGUGGAACUGAAGGUUUCAAAGGUCAUGCAAGAGUAAUCAUGCCGGGCGUUACUCCAUGCUUUGAGUGCACGAUUUGGCUUUUCCCUCCUCAAGUGAAAUUCCCACUAUGCACCCUUGCUGAGACCCCUAGGACGGCUGCACAUUGUAUUGAAUAUGCACAUUUGAUAAAGUGGGAUGAGGUACAGCUAACGAACUGGCCUAAAAAAAAAAAUUAGUUUUUAUUUUUUAUUUUUUUACGGCACUAAAUUGGUGUCUGCUAUGCUCCUUUUAGGUGCAUCGUGGGAAAACAUUUGAUGCUGAUAAUCCAGAACAUAUGCAGUGGAUUUACUCAGAGGUUCGUUUUUCCAGAGGCUCGAAAUAGAUCUUCCCAUGAUUUUUUCUUUUUGGCUUUCGGUUUUGGUUAACAUUACCCGCAUUCCACGCAGGCUCUUAAAAGGGCAGAACUUUUUGGUAUCACUGGAGUUACUUACUCUCUAACUCAGGUAGGUGACUGUUCUGAAGGUUUUGUUGCUAGUUCUUCUUCUAUGUGGUAUGACGUUCUGCUAUUUUUAACCACAACUGCAACAAAACCAGUAUUCCCAGAGCGAGUCAUCUGAUUCCCAUAAAUCUUCUAGAUGGACAUUGACAUAUAGUAUAAGGUGGUUAAUAUACUGUUCAUAUCUUCUAUAUACAGUAAAACUCUUUUUUUAAAUUUUUUUCUCAGGGUGUUGUGAAGAAUAUAAUCCCGGCUAUUGCCUCUACCAAUGCGAUUGUUUCUGCUGCAUGUGCCUUGGAAGCACUGAAGAUUGCAACUGGGUGCAGCAAAACGUUGUCCAAUUAUCUCACGUAAAUCCUCCUGUCUUGUUGCCUCACUUUAUGCUUUAGAGACGGACUAUUCAUGGGGGAACAAAUUUCUCAUCCGUUUUACUUUUAUAUGUUCGGCAUAUUUCUUGUAGAAAUACAAAAACCCAUUUCUCAUCAAUUAUUUGCGUUUCGUUCGUCAAUACUCGAAGUAACCAUGUCUUCUCUUGUUUUAUCUAAUCAUUCAUUUGCGAUGCCGUUUCUAGUUUUAGUAGUUGGGCAUCAUGGGCGAUAAAGGUCUAGCAUCUGCAAGGAAUUUUUGCGCAUGUUUUAUGCCUUUGCUCACUAGUUUCAAGACCCUGUCCAUUUAGUAUUUCUUAUCUAGGGUCAUAAGCUGGCUUUCCUAUGAUGGGAACCCUCAACGCCAUGGGCCCCUCAAUGGAUCCUACUACACUGACAUCAAGUCUCGGGGCUUUCAAUUGGACGGUCAAGAAAUCUGGGGCAGAAGAGAUGUGGCUGGGAUGGUUGGGAGCAUCCGUACCCGAUUUAAUUGGUUGCGACUGUUGUUUUCAUCACAGAUAGUCUUGAGUCGUUGGGUGGGGAGUUGCUUUUAUUGCCAAUUAAUGCUGCAAUUAGAGGGUGCGGGGGACGUAGAAAGAGGGGAUAUCUUCAGAUAUUGUAGUUGUUUCCACAGCUUCUUGCUGUAUGUGGUCUCUGGGUAGCUUCUUUUAGUCUGCCAAGCUACAUAGAUGUUGAUUAUCUCCCUUAUUCCUAGCAGUCUUUUGGGCUGUUUAAUCAUUGGACUGGCUUGCGAUUUUCUUCGAGAAUCACUCACUCGUUACCAUAUUCUGCAGGUACAACGGUCUCGAGGGGCUUCACACCAAGGUGACCGAGUUCGUCAGGGACCAGAGCUGUCUGGUAUGUGGGCCUGGCACCCUCAUAGAGUUGGACAUCUUGGUUACUCUAUCAGAGGUAGGGGUCUCCUUGGUUAUUUUCUAUGACGACUACCUCACAACCAUGCUAUAAUUAGGGUGUUUAUGUUAAUUCUAUGUAUCCACGAAUUCACUCAUCAAUCCACAAACCUUGAGCUACAAAUUUGGUUGCUUUUUCAAACUUGAGGUGCUUCUAGCCCUCUAACCUACUAUCAUUUUAUUUAAUUUUUUUUUUUACCGAGACAUCUGAUGUAGAUCAAGUUACUGUGCUGGUAGCAGGGGUAGUAGAAUCUAAUGGCAUUUAGUGUUUUGCUUUAUGCCCCCAUAAUAUCUAAAAAUCUCAACUGUCUGGAAAAGGAAAUCCUGCUUCCUUAUUUAGUAACAGCUUGACUUGUUCCUGGGCUAGGAGAUUUCCUCUUCAAGGAAUCCUUGUGAGGGCCCUUGAGGUUCCCAGAGAUAUACAUCCACUACUAUUUGCCAUGUUUCUGAGUUCUGUUUGUCGUUUGGAUUAUUUCAGCAAUGAAAUUGUAGCUAAAAUCUGUUUUUAAGUUUCAUGGCUAUGAUGAAAACAUGAAUAGCAAAUGAAAUGAGGUGGCCUUUCUAGCAUAGAAAUAUAAUAUUAUAAUUAUCAUCAUUGCUAUUACUACCGUCAUCAUCGUCGUCUUGUGUGGUGGGGGGCUUGAGAACCUGAUGCAGUAUUUUGUCUUGCUGAUGAAAGCCCUAAUCGAUGAUUUCUAAGUAGUUUUUCCCUAAUUCUUGGCUUUGUAUGAUUCUAAACCGUACCCAAGCAUAUCAACACCAGAGCCUUUGAUGCGGUGAACUUUCCACCGUGAUUAUUAUUUUAUUAUUGCGAAAGUGAUUGGAUUUUGUGUAUUAAUUGAAUUUUGAGACGAACAAAUUAGGCUGUUCGGGUCUAAAUUUGUUUUCUUGCUCAUGAUUUCAUUUCUAAUUGGCCUGGAAUAGCUGAUCGAACUCCUCGGAGAGCACCCCAAGCUGCAGCUAUCUAAACCGAGCAUCACUCACCAAGGGAAGAACCUGUACAUGCAGGCUCCCCCCGUUCUUGAGGAGCUGACUCGGUCAAAUCUUCCCCUCCCCCUCUUUGACCUCAUGGGUCGUGCUCCAAGGGGGAUCAUCCAUGCCACAGGUUUUGCCAACAAGAAUGGAAAGAGGACAUCCUGUCUGAGGAAGCUGCGCGUUGUCUUCAAGGGCGCAGUCGAUGAAGGAGCUGCCAACGUGGACAUGGCGGGUGUCCCUGCUUGA